UAUUGAUUUGAGAGGAGCAUCUCCUCUUUAAAAGGCUGUAGCUUCAGAACUUGCAGAAAGCAAUACAAAGAAGAUAGCUAUAAAAAAAGAAGGCAGAGAUAGAGAGAGAAAUUAAUUUGUAAAAAGAGAGGUGGAAUUGGAAAUCAUGGUUUCUAGAGAGCACAAGAUUGACUCACAGCACGAUAAGCUGCAGCUUCUUCGUUCAAUCACUCAUUCUCAUGCAAUUAAUGAAACAUCAAUAAUAGUAGAUGCAUCAAACUAUAUUAAAGAAUUAAAGCAGAAAGUAGAGAGUCUGAAUAAAGACAUAGCAAGUGCAAGCGACCUGAAUUCAUUGCCUCAAGUUACAGUAGAAAUCCUCGAAAAGGGCUUCUUAGUGAACGUUUAUUCAGCAAAAAAUUGCUCUGGAUUGCUUGUUUUCUUAUUGGAAGCUUUUGAGGAGCUUGGUCUCGAUGUUCUUGAAGCUAGGGUUUCUUGUCAAGACAGAUUUCAUUUACAGGCAUUUGGAGGAGAAAAUGAAGAAGACGAAGAAAACUACAUCAAUGCCCAAAUGGUGCAACAAGCAAUUUCCGAAGCCAUCAAAAACUGGCAUGGAAGUAAUGAGAAAGACUGAUCAGGGUUAUAUGCUGCCAAGAUCGAAUCGUGAUCAAACUCAAAAACAUUUUGGGAAGGUAAUGAUAAAUCAAUAACCUUGAAAUUGUUGUGAUGUGAGUCGAACAUAUCUCUUUACUGGAUGAUGAUUCCAUAUCAUGUUUAUAUAUAGUGUAAGGCUUGGCAAGAUGUGCUUUAUUAAGGCAGCCGAAGUUUGUCUACUACUUGACAUCUGAUGCAAAAGUUAACUAGCUAAAGCUUUUUCUACGUUAUAAUAUAAUGAUUGUGAAAUAUGACAUAAAGCUAGUGUAUAUAAUCCAAGAAAAAAGAAAUUAUAUGGACCUUCAUAGGAAUUCCAUAAAAAAUAAUUGUUGUCCCAAACUUUUGUCUAUAGUGAGUAAAAGAAUAACUUAAGAAUUAAGCUAGUUGUAGACCCAUGGUGUACAAUUAGUUUGACACCCUUUGAGGUGUUAAAAUUGAGGUCGUUGAUCUGAUUAAGUAUUGUUAAAAUCAAUGGUAAAACUGUGUAUUUUGUCAAAGAGUGUAAACAAAAUUGUCAACCAUGUGCAAGUGUAGCAAAAAUUAAUAGCUUAAUAGUGCAUGGAACUGCAUGCAUACGGCUAUGGCACCUUUUGGUUUUAAUAUACACUUAAUAAUAGAGUGUGAGAUGAUUCUUGAUAAGGAAGUACAGUCUCAAUAAGAAUUUUCAACAUUCGUCUUUGAUAUUUGAUGGUUCAUUAAUACUGGUGAAAGUUUAAAUAAGCCGAAUAGUUUAGACCUAAAAUGUGGAGUCGAAAUAAUAAAAAACUAGAAUUCACAAUUUAUUAUCUCUAGAUGAUUAAGUUUAAUUAAUCCAAUUAAAUCCUAAAUCAUGCAAGUAAUUUAGAUCAAAAGCUAUAAAAUAAAUAAUAAACACCAAAUAUGAUCGCAGAAGAAAAUCCCUAACUAGAUUAAAAACUUCUGAGCAAACUUGUUAGCAAAAUUCACUAGAAAAUUUAACUGACAAUAGUCUAGACACUGUUAAUUCUUAGUUAACUCUAACCACAUAACUUGUAAACCACCAAGGAAUUCCUUUGAUUGUGCACUCCCACACUUUUUAGAACUCUAAACUACAUUUUUCUCCAUGUGGAUCUAUAAGAAAGAACCUCGUCCUUGAGCCUCAAAACUCCUAGCACCUCUUCCCAAAACUCUAGAACUCUAAAGACUUGGCGAAGGUCGGAUUUUGUUUUUAUGUUUGAUUAAGGAUCUUUUUGUGCUUUG